AUGCAGCCUACUGUAGUUUGUGACCUACCGUAAAAUGAAAUGACGAAGAAGAAGAACGCGACGUCACGUCAUUCCCCUUAGUAACCACCGGCGGCGUCUCGAGGAGAGAAGGAAACAAGAUGGGAUUGCUGUCCAUCCUUCGUAAACUAAAGAGCACACCGGAUCAAGAGGUCCGGAUACUGCUGCUGGGUCUGGACAACGGGGGAAAAACCACCCUGCUUAAACAGCUGGCAUCUGAGGACAUCAGUCACAUCACACCCACACAGGGAUUUAAUAUCAAAAGUGUCCAGUCUCAGGGGUUUAAACUGAAUGUUUGGGACAUUGGAGGCCAGAGGAAGAUCAGGCCAUACUGGAGAAACUACUUUGAGAACACUGAUGUUCUGAUUUAUGUCAUUGACAGCGCUGACAGAAAGAGAUUUGAGGAAACUGGUCAGGAGCUGGCAGAGCUGCUGGAUGAGGAGAAGCUGAGCGGCGUUCCAGUGCUGAUCUUUGCAAACAAACAGGACCUACUGACGGCUGCCCCGGCCUCCGAGAUCGCUGAGGGUCUCAACCUGCACACUAUCCGGGAUCGCGUGUGGCAGAUCCAGUCCUGCUCCGCCCUCACUUCUGAGGGGAUUCAGGAGGGCAUGAAUUGGGUCUGCAAGAGCGUCAACUCCAAGAAAAAGUAGCUUUGAUUGUAGUCGUCUGCUCUUCAGGAGGACCAGCAGCAACACCUGUGAAUGUACACGCACUGCUAAUUCAACAUGGAC